AUGGAUGUAGUAAUAGCUGAAGAUGAUUGUCUUUUAGUUUCUCUAUUCAGCAAUGAAAUUCACAAGUAUAGGAUAUCAGGAGAAUAUGUCAAUAAGAUAAUACUUUUACCAUAUAAUGUAAAAGUUAGAUCAAUGUACAAAUUAAAAAAAAAAAAUUUGAUAGCAUAUUCUGAUGGUGAAAAUAAAUGCAUAUCAUUAUGUAAUUCAGAUGGUCAUGUGGACAAAUCAAUUGGUAAAGGAGAAUUGAAGGAUCCCUAUGGUUUUGAUGUAGAUGAGGAAAAAAAUAUAGUGUAUGUUGCUGACUGGCAGGAAGACUGUGUGUUCAUGUUUGACAUGGAUAGUGACCAGAUGAUCAAAAGGAUUGGGUCAAGAGGUCCAAGUAAUGGUCAAUUUCGUUCACCACGGGAUGUUACUGUUACUAAUAAAGGAGAUCUCAUUGUAGUAGACUUGGGUAAUCACAGAUUACAAUUAUUUAACAAUCAAGGAAGGUUCAUAAAUGUUCUUGUAGGUAAAGGCGAUGAGGAUGGUAAGGUGAAUUGUCCAUAUUCAGUUAAAACAGAUGAUGAUAACAACAUGCUUGUGACAAGCUUUCACAAACUACAGUUAUUCAACAGUGAUGGACAUUUCAUUAAAAGAAUUGAUCAAACAAGGGAUGAAUUAAAAUUUCCUUAUGGAUUUUCAAUAGAUAAUAAUAUACGAAGAGUUGCUGUAGCAAAUAAUAGUGGGGGAAAUAUUAAAGUUUUCAAUUACUAA